UGGACGGACGUGUUUGCCGCUAGCUGGCAGGAGUCAGUGAGAAACAGCACCGUGUGAUUGCAUGGAAGCGUCCAGAAUCUCGGAAAACUUUCCUGCGAAACUGUCUUGAAACUUGCCCAAAGCAUUGCAGAUCCUUGCGAGUCUGUUUCAAAGCGCAGAGAAGACUAAGAGUGAUUACAGAAACUUGAGAGAUUUUUCGAUGAAUCAGUCUUGACGCCUGUGGACCGAUUGGAAGGAUCCUGAAAGUAUUUCUAAAGCACGAGGAAGGCCGGAAGUGAUCACGAACGCGUGGCGAACGUUUGGAGGUUUCUUAAUACUUGGAGAUAUCAGUCUUCUUCAACAUCUGUAACAUCUCAGAAUACUCUAAAUAUCUUCUGGAGUAUGAGGAAGAUCAGAAGUGAUCAUGCACGCUUGAAGAAUCUUCUCUAGACGCUUGGAAAGGAGCCAGUCUUGAAUCUGUUGGAAGAAUCUAAAAAUCUGGAAUUCAAGAUCAAGAGUGAUCAGCGGAAGCUUGGAGAUUUCCGGGAAAGUUUCCGGAAGAGAACCCAAGACCGAUUCGUCUCGAGCACGGUGAAAUUCGGGAGUGCAAGGGACUGACGCAAAACGGAAGUACCGUUGCCUCUGCUCCUGGGCACUCGUGAACGGCCUUGACGGCGCCAAUCUCGGUGAGCCUUGGUCUGGUUCGAACUAGGACAGCGGAGCGUGCGUUCCGAUAGAUGGACGGGAGGAUCCGGCGGAAUCUUCUUCUGCUGGAGCGGACUUCCUUAAACGACGUACUAAGGGCGAUUUGAGACUUUUGGUUUCCGACGUUAUACAUCGACAGCGAAAUCCGGUUUUGCAUGGGUGUAUAUCAGGAGACCGGCAAGCCUCCACCUCCUAAUGCCACCCCGAAGAUGGCCAGGGAUCGCACCGGGUCGGAUUAUUCAGGCCACAUGAGCGACACCACCACGUGCAGCUGCGUCGCGAGCUCUAUCGAGAAGUGCUCAUUGCGCGGCUGCGGGAUGUUUCAAGAGCCGUUCUUCCUGCAUCCGCCGGGUUCUCGGCCACGGGAUGGCAUCUACAUCAAUCCCAUGAGUGCGUACAUUGGCGAACCGCCAAAGCCCAAGGACACUGAGUCCUUCUACCUGCACAGUCCGCACGACCUCGUCUACACCAGGAUCACUAGGCUGUUCGGCGACGCCGAGAAGCUGCGGAACGGCGUCGCAGCGACAGAGCAGCGUCAUGUGACGGAGAGGAAAGACGAGACUCUAACUGUGAAAGUGGACGUGCACAUCAACAACGGCGGAUUUGUCGGCCGGCCGCAUCCCAGCAACGGACAUGCGGCUCGCUCGGAGAUCGCGAAGGAGCCGCAGGAUCACGCUUACGAGCAGAUCUGCGUGAGACAGGAGGAAAUUGGCAACGUGGGCUCGUCAUCGCGCAAAAAGUCGACAGAUAACGUCUCUGACAGCAGUCGUUCCCGGAAAACCGAUAGACGAUACAGUCGAUCCAGCAGCGCUAGCGAGUCCUCGAACAUGAGCAGCGAGAUCCACUGCCUAUCCUCGACAACGUCCACUCCGUCUUUGUCGCGACACAGUAGCAACGAGCGAAUCGGCAAAACAGGCAGCAAGAUAAAUGCAGAAACCUCGCAUGAGAGGAAGGACUCGUCCAGCACGCAGGUGGAAAGUGAAAAGGAGAUUCGUACGAGCGGGAACGGCGGACCUAGUCUAUCAAAACCACCGCCACCACCGCCACCACCACCGCCGGAUAAGGACGAUGACGUGGUGGUUGUCCUCGUGAACGCCAAGUCAAACACAGAUGUCGACAAGAGGGAUGCGCGAGGAAGCGGCCAUGAUGGAAGAAGCGAGUCCACCGCGACCAACAAGUCCGACGUAUCAUCCUCUGGCGAGCAUCAGCAGCAGCCGGAAGUGCCGUCUCCCGCCAGUGCGCCGGUGGACACGGACGAAAUUAAAGCGAACCAGGCAUCCCACCUGGUAAACAGGCACAUGGUGCUGCCGUUCAUACCACCCAAGUUCGCCAACGCGGACUCCAACAUCCUGCUCAAGCCGUCCGAGUAUCUGAAGAGUAUCUGCAAGGCGCCGUCGAAAAACAGUCUGUCGAAGGCGAGGUCAGUGGACAACUUGGACAUCCAGAGCCGGAAUACGGAACAGGGCGAAGAGGAGGAGGCGGAUGAAGAGGGAGAGGAAGGAGUGCGAGGGAACAGCGAGGAGACCAAGGGGUCUUCUACGGGCCCCCCGCCGCCACCGUUGUCUCCUUUGCAGCAACGAGCACGGACGGGGAAUCAAGCUCCGGGCACCACCGGCGCCAGCAACGAUAACUCCGAGAGCUCGAAAACUCCGCAACCCCUAGCCACCAUUAGCAUCCAGGAUCUGACGAGCAUCCAACUACGGCGGACCGGUACGAAGAUGAACGCCACCAAGACGUUCUCCGCUCCGCCACCUCGUAGCGUGUCCAUGACUAACGUCUCGGAGCCGUUCUUCGUGCAAAAGACGGAUCUGAUCGCUGAACUAAAGCGCACCAAGGACAUACCCGGCAUCAAGAAACUGAAGGUGGAGAGGGCGCAGGUCGAGAAGACUCAGGAGAAGAAUCUGAUAUCGGAAAUUAACAAAGCGUUCAGCGUCACGAAUUUUGUCGACCAAAUCCCGGAGAAAGACAGUUCGGGAAAUGUGAUACCGAUCUGGAAACGGCAGAUGCUGGCCCGAAAAGCCGCCGAACGAGCAAAGAAAGAACUCGAGGAGCAAAUAGCGAAAGAGAACGAGGAGAGGCGGCAGAAAGCGAUUCCACCGUGGAAGCGACAGCUUCUCGCCAAAAAAGAUAACGACGAAAAGAGACUGAAUCAGACACAGAUGUACGCGUCGACGAACUUGUCCGCGUUAAAAUUCGAAGCGACAACGAAUUCAAAGAGAGACCCCUCGCCAACGGCACCAUCCUGCGUAACCAAGAAGGAAGAGAAACCGGAAACUGAUGAGAAGCGUGACGAUCCCGCCAAGGAUGAUUCUGAUGAUGGUCAAAUUAUACCUUGGCGAGCGCAACUGCGAAAGACCAACAGCAAGCUCAACAUCCUCGAUUAAUCGUCGAACUUCGUUUUCCUUCGUUUAUCGAAAGAAUAUACGCGCGUGAUGUAAGUACCGCGUUUAGUCAUUUAAUUGUGUAGGCAUAGCUGCCGCGAAAUCUUUCCGGAGUUAACGGAACUUACGCCACAUGAGAGAGAUGAAUGCAAAAAAUAUAAUAUAAUAUCUCUCGCUUCGUAUAAAGGAAUAUAUAUUGAUUCGUGGAAUUUCACAACAUGAAGCGUAUGUUCGAUAUCCUCUAAGCUAGCACUGGUAUAAAUACUUUAAAAAAGGAAUUGAACGGAUACUUUUACAUAUUGCGUAUCGUAUCGCUCGCGCAGAAUGUUUUUGCAGCCACUUUUCCUCGUUUGUAAUUAACAUUGUAACCAUGUUUCUUUCGACGAAAACCGCCGAAGUGGAAUGGAAUUUACUAUAAUAGAAUGGAAUUUACUAACGUCGAAGUUGUUGAGAAAGCAGGCCUCAUAGAGAUAGCAUUGCAAGGCGUAGCUUUCUCCAAUCCUUACAGGGAGAUGAUGAUCCCUGAAGCGUAUGUUUGCUGGAUUAUAGUUUGCAAGAAAUAUCGCAAGCGUUCGAUAAGGCGCACUGAAAGAUGAUGAAAACUAUUUUUCAACCGCGUAAAACAAUUAAUUAUCGUAUCUUUAAAUUGUGUAAUGUGAAAUGCGAUAUAUGUACAUAUGAAUAAGUCUUAUAAUUUCGUUUGCAUUAUAAAGGUAAUCCUUGAGGUAUC